UCAGCUUUAAAACGUUUUACACUCGUCCAAUAUAUAUACACACCCGCCUUCACUAGCCUCCUCGUCUUAACCUUCACUCACCGGUGCGCACAUUAGCAGGCGCAUUUUCCUUCAAAAUGGCUCCCAACCUGCUAUUGUUCACCGCCGUGCUCUGCAUUGCCGCCGCCGCCGUCGACGGCCAAUCCCCGACGAAUUCUCCAGCUCCGCCUACUCCACCUACUGCGACCACUCCUGCUCCACCAACUCCAACUCCUCCCACCGCAACGCCGCCUCCGGUCACCACCACUCCGCCGCCAGCAGCAACGCCGCCGCCGGUCACCACUACUCCGCCGCCAGCAGCGACUCCGCCUCCGGUCUCAUCGCCGCCGCCAGUCACCUCGCCUCCCCCGGUGGCCACCGCUCCUCCACCCGCCGCCACUCCGCCUCCGACUCCGGUCGCCUCUCCUCCCCCUCCGGUGAACACGCCGCCGCCUGCGACGCCGCCGCCGGCCGUUCCUCCUCCAGCAUCGCCGCCGCCUCCGGUGCCAUCACCGCCGCCGCCGGCCGCUCCUACGCCGGCUCCGCUUGCUUCCCCGCCAGCUUCUGUUCCAGCCGCGGCUCCAUCGAAGCCGACAUCUCCAGCUCCGUCGCCGGUGCUGUCAAGCCCUCCGUCGCCGCCGACCGGAGCUCCGGGCCCCAGUCUCCCCGGCCUCUCUCCUGCUCCGUCCGCCACAGAUCAGAGCGGAGCAAAUCCAAUGGGCGUGGCGCAGCUGGUCAGUGGCAGCGCUAUUUUGGGAUGGGCUUUGAUGUUUUUGGUCUGGGCUUAGAUUACUCUAAUUGGGCCUUUUCCCAUGCUUGAAUCACAGCCCACAUUUAUGUAUUAUGCUAUUUUAUCUAUUUCUCGACAUUUAGUUGUUUGUGGAGAUUUUUGGAUGUACCUUUGAUUUUAUACAUUGAUUUGGAUUCUUUCUUGUACUCACUACUCCAGUCAUUUUAUUCUCAUUUCUUUAUUA